AUGGAUAUUUGCAAUGUUUCAUCUACGGCUUACAUCGGGGUGAACAGCACCAGCGGAGAAGCCCUUCUGUUUCGCGACUUCGAUGAAUCUCGACACAACAUAGCGCUUUGCGGCCCACCCACUUACCUGCGGCCUGAUCCUGGCGGUUGUCUCCUGCCAUGGCCGUACACAAUGGCAUGGAUCCUGAUCCACCUACCAGUCACUGUGUUGCGAGUAACACGCUGGGAGAAAGUGCAGACACUUUCAAUCAUUUUGGCGUUUUUCAGCGUUUACUUCACAGUUCAGGCAUACACGACUUAUCUUAUCCCGGCUAAGAUCCUGGUCUGGAUGCCUCUGGCGCUUGUGUUAGACAUUGGAGCCAUGAUGCAGCUCGUUUUCCUAAUCGUCGACGAAAACGGUGCUACCAUACUACGAAGCGCACUCAAGGAGUCAAUCGUUCGGCCAUUCCUCAAGGAUAGAGUUGAGGCCAUACCUUUCACAGGAGAAGCAGACAACGCCAACACCGGAGACAAGAUCCCUUCAGGCCGCGGGUUGAUUGGCCAAGCCUGGCUAACAGUUCUCGCACUCACCCUACUUGCUGCUUUACUAGUUCUGCAAAUCAUCGGCCUAGUAGCAGCGGUCAAAGGGCGCGGUCAAGAAGGCCUUAAAGCCGAAUGGUGCUCGCCAAUGUUUCAGUCCGCUGAAGCUGUACUUGUCAAUUGCGAAACACCACCUACUCAGGUUGAAAAGAGCUUCAGUCAAGGAAUCGGUUGCAUUUCGCUCCCAGCGGACGAGCAGUAUCACUGGUUGAAUAUAACAGUGGUUGUGUUACUAGUCAGCGUUGUGUUCGAGAUCUUUGAUGCUGCCAUCCUAGUGCUGGUAGGGAACAAUGCGCGAUGGUGGAGAGCGAGGAUGAAGAGACCAUGGUUCACCAUGUUCACCGGCAAUGCAGUACUUCUCUGUAUCCUUGUCUCUGGUGUUAUAAGUAGCUCGCACCUUCCAAUUGGUGUUAACCGUACUGUUUGGGUAUUCAAGUACGAGCAGAGCGUCCGUUCAGCUAUAGUCUGUCAAGGGACACUGAUGUCUGCAGGUGUCAGAGGCUCAAUCAUUGGAUGGACAGAUGGCUUUUUGUCCAGUUGGGGAAGCACCUACACUGGUUUUUGA